AUGAAGGGAACAAUGGUCAUGUGCGAAAAGACUGGCCAGGUUCGGAUUCCUCCGCUGGCCAUUUCUGGCUAUGAUGAGCGGAAGAAUCCCUACAAGGGAAGGUUUGAAGACCUCCGGUCUACACGGAUAUGGCUGAAGGACUAG